AUGUCGAGUAACUAUAUAGGUCGUAGAUCAUCUACGAAUCCUGUAAGAAUAUCUACGUUUGAUAAAGAAGAUAAAAGUUUAAUACGGACAGAAUCGAGGAAGACACAAACAUUAAAACCAAAAGCUUCUAUUUCCACAGUUGAUAAUUCUCAUAUACCAAGACCGAGACUUCGAGCCUCUUCAUGUGAUAGAACGAGCAUUAAGGGGCCAAUAUUAAAAGCAACAGGUAAAACUCCACUUCGUCAUGCACCUACAACUCCAAAUACACCAAUAGCAAAUUCUAGCAAAUCCACUUUUUAUGCAAUUGGAACUUCUAAUAAAAUUCAUACAGGACUUCCAACAGGUCGUAGAUCUUUAUCAGCUGACCGUGCUAGCAAUGUCGGUCUAAAAGGUCCUAGAAAAGAUACAAGACCGUUAACAGAUAAGACAUAUCAGUCUUAUAUGCUUAGUAAAAUUGAUAAUUUUUUUGCUAUAAAUCAUUGUUCUUCAAUGCUUAAUAGUAAUGGUAGCUUUAAACCAGUUACUUUGAAAAUGUUUGUGGAAAUAUCUGCAUAUUUAGUAAAAAUAUUGGACAUUAAACAAGUUCUUACAAUUGCCAAUUAUGUGGAGGAACUGCCAAAAAUUGCAAAGAAACUCCAUUAUCCAGGGAUAAUUACUAAAUCUUGGUUAAAAACUGCUAAUGCUAUGCAUUCUUGGCCUAAUGUUUUGGGUUGGAUAUGCUGGUUAAUAGAAAUUUGUGAAAUAAGGGAUAUAGCUUCUGAAAAAUAUAAUUUAGAAAACCUACCAUUUAUAGGAAAUGAAAGAGAAUCCACAAUUAAUAGGAAUGCUUUCUUUUCAAUGCUGAAUUUUUAUAAUGCUUGGAAUGAUGAGAAAUUGGAUGAGGAAGCAUCAAUGGUUGAAAAAUAUUUACAGGAAAUUGAAGAGCAAGAAGGUGUAAAUGAGGAUGAUUUAAAUAAUGCACGUUCUGAGUUAGAAGAAGAAAUGCUUAAACUGCAGUCAGCUGAAAAAAAUUCAAAUAACAUAGAUGAAGAAGUAAAACAUUUUCAGGAAGUAUUCACAUCCUUGCAGAAUGAUGAAGCAAAGCAAUUGAGUGACAUCAUUGCCAAAGAGGAAUACAUAAAAACAAUCAAUUUUGAAACAGAUCAAAUAAAUGUUGAAUGUAACGUUUUGUGUGAACAAAUUUGUUUACAAAAUACACAACAUGAUAAAUUACUUUCUACCAUAAAACAACAGCCAAUGUCUAAGACAGAAAGAGAUAAAAUAUUAGAAAAAUGUACAGAGAUUCAAAAUUACAUGCAUCAGUUUGAUGAACAUUUACAAGAAAUACAGAAAGAACUAUACACUAUGGAUAUUAAAUUAGCAUCUAUUAACAAUAAUUUAACUAAAGCAGUCCUAACAUAUAAUAAAGAAAUAUUUAUGCAUCUUAGUGGUGAUAUAGGUGUAAAUCUAGAAGAGUUAAAAAUGCCAGAAAAAGGUAUAUUACAACCUGAAAUUAUGGAAAUAUUAAAUAUUAAAGCUAAUUUAAUGACUAAUUUGAAAGAAUUAUUGAAGUCACAAAUUAUUGAAAAGGAACGUUCAUUAGAAUUAAAUUCUAAUAAAUUAGAGAAUCUUCAUGAGAGAAUGAAAAUUCUAGAAGAUGAAAAUAAUGAUAUAGCUCAUAAGAUUAUAGAAAAGAAAAGCCUUAUGAGUAAAGUUAAAAUUGAUGCUAAACAAGAAGAAGCAAAGUUAAAGGAACAAAUAAAGAAUUUACAAAAUGAUAUUAAAGCUAUUCAAGAUUCAAUGCCAAGUAUACAAGUUGCAACAGAAUUAGAAGAAACAGCAGAUAAAUUAGCUGCGGUUCAAAGAAGAAAAACAUACAUUGAGGAGUCUGCAAAACUAUUUUUUGAGAAGUUUUAUGAGAUUUUAGGAGAACACAGAAAUGAACUUCAUAAUAUAUUAAUGAAACUUAAUAAAUGA